CGGCGUUUGUCAUUUCAAUCGAUAACUUUCCGGCGGUCAUUCUCCUCUUCUUCACCAAUGCGCGAUCUUACCAUCGACACCCUCAACCCCGCUUUUCUCAAAGUCGAGUAUGCCGUACGUGGCGAGCUCGCCAUCAAGGCAGAGGCACUUCGCGAACAACUCAAGGAGCCUGCCCAUCGGCUUCCCUUUGAUAAGGUCAUCUCUUCCAAUAUUGGAAAUCCGCAGCAGAAGGGGUUGGAUCAACCACCUAUCACCUUUACGCGCCAGGUUGCUGCGUUAAUGGAAUGGCCAGCCCUCGCUGACCUCGCGCCAGACGCGUUCCCCAAAGACGUUAUCGCACGUGCAAAGGAAUUGCGAGAUGAGAUUGGUUCGAUCGGCGCGUACUCCCAAAGCCAGGGUGUCCCCUUCAUUCGCAAGAGCGUUGCCAAAUUUAUUCAAGAUCGAGAUGGCUUCCCCUCAGACCCGAACGACAUAUUCCUUACCGGGGGAGCAUCAGCCGGCGUAUCACUUCUGAUAUCCAUGCUCAUCUCAUCUCCAACCUCCGGCAUCCUAAUUCCCAUUCCUCAGUAUCCCUUGUACACGGCAACCCUCGCACAAAACGCAGGCGUCGGCAUACCCUACUACCUCGACGAGUCCUCAGGAUGGUCCACCUCCGUCGCCUCCAUCGAAGCCGCGAUCGAGAAAUCACGUAAAGACGGCAUCGUACCCAAAGCCCUGGUCAUCAUCAACCCCGGCAACCCAACCGGCGCCCUUCUAGACGAAGCAACCCAAAUCGCCCUCGUCAAGCUGUGUGAAGAACACUCCCUCGUCAUACUCGCAGACGAAGUCUACCAAGCCAAUCUCCAUCAACGCCAAACACACACAUUCACCUCAUUCAAAAAGGUCGUGCGGCAGACACAGUCCCCCGUUCCCCUCGUCUCCUUCCAUUCUAUCUCCAAAGGCGUCUCGGGCGAAUGCGGUCGUCGAGGCGGGUAUUUCGAGUGCACGAACUUUUCAAAAGAGGUCGUCGCCCUCAUCUACAAGAUGGUUUCCGUAAGUUUGUGCCCACCGCUCCAGGGGCAAAUCGGUGUAGACUCAAUGGUGCGCCCACCUAAAGAGGGCGAGGAGAGUUACCCACUAUGGAAGAAGGAGACGGACACGAUCCAUCAGGCGUUGGCGUCACGCACGAAGAUCAUGUCUGAGCGGUUGAACGCGCUUCCUGGCGUGUCUUGUGUUGAUUCCCCUGGGGCUCUAUACUUGUUCCCACAGAUCAAGCUGUCGGACAAGGCGAUCGAUGCGGCCAAGGAGGCCGGGAAGGAACCCGACAUAUUUUAUGCACUCGGGCUGUUGGAUGAGACUGGGAUAUGUGUUGUUGCGGGCAGUGGGUUUGGGCAGAAGGAAGGCGAGUGGCAUUACCGGUUGACGUGUUUGUGUCCCGGUGUAGAAGAGUAUGUGGGCAAAUUAGAAAAGUUCCAUCAGGGAUGGGUGGAGAAGUACGGUAGGGAGUGAGUCUAGCUCUGGCCUUUGUAGAUCUACUGUCAGUUGUACAUUUUGUAUAUAUUAUUUGGAAGGAAUAAGAAUGCUCCAUGUGGAUG